CGCACUCGGCAGUCCGCGCGCCGCUCUACAUCAGCCAUCACGCGCGCUCGGCUCUCACACGCUCCUAUACCUCGAUCGUACGAUCCCUAGCCUUGCAUACACCGGGCCCAAUUCGCUUCAUACGUCCGAAAUUUUGCAACACUCGCCGACACGCAGGUUACCCAAAUCCGCAUAAACACUGCCGAUUGUGAAAUUCGAGUUUUCGUUUUGGACGUUCUAAAAUUGCAUUCCUAGUGUAAUUGUUGAAUUAUGCUUGCAAAAGUGAAGUGAAGAUUAAAGAUAGUGGAUCUACGUGAUGAUAAGUUGGUUGUGGUAAAUUGAAGCAAUGUUGUCGAUGGAGUCGCUGUGGUGUGGGUCGGAGAGUGAGCUGUCGACCCUGCGAGGCAAGAGUGCCGAGAGGGCAGAGUACCGGCUGACAAGGCGCAAGCCCUCCAAGAGUUUGAUCCCUCAGGCCUUGCUGCACAACCCGGAGGUGCAACCGAGGGCCCAACGGAGGAGACGAUCUGGCACUUGGCCGAGGACCCGGUCCCUGAAUGCACCAAGCCCCAUACAACAGUUCGGACCAUGCGGCAGGAUAAUGAAGAAUUCGGCGAUGGUUAUGCAAAUCCAAGACCCGGCGUCGCAGCGGCUGACGUGGUACAAGCCGCCGCUGACGGUGCUGGUCAUCAAGAAGGUGCACGACGUGUCCAUCAUCACACCCUUCGUGCAGCUCGUGCACUGGCUGGUUCAUGAGAAGAGCAUGGUAGUGUUCGUGGAAGCAGCAGUGCUGGACGACAUGCUGCUGAAGGAGUACCACGACUUCUCGAACGUUCGAGAGAGGUUGAUGACUUUCCGCGCCGGGACCGACGAGUUGACAGAUAAGAUUGACUUCAUCAUCUGUCUGGGCGGCGACGGUACGCUGCUACACGCCAGCUCGCUGUUCCAGACGUCAGUCCCUCCUGUGAUGGCAUUCCACUUAGGCUCAUUAGGUUUCCUAACGCCGUUCGAGUUCAACAACUUCCAGGAACAAGUCAUGACUGUUUUAGAAGGCCACGCAGCCCUCACCCUGAGGUCUCGACUACAGUGUGUGGUCCUCAGAAAGACUGAAGAUGGUCAAGAGAAAAAGAAGCCCACAACUAUUCUGGUGCUUAACGAAGUGGUGGUCGACCGCGGGCCUUCACCCUAUCUGUCUAACAUAGACCUAUUCUUAGACGGCAAGCACAUUACUUCGGUGCAGGGAGAUGGAUUAAUAGUAUCGACUCCGACCGGCAGCACAGCGUACGCGGUGGCAGCAGGAGCGAGCAUGAUACAUCCAUCAGUGCCUGCAAUCAUGGUGACGCCUAUAUGCCCACACUCGCUGUCCUUCAGGCCUAUUGUUGUGCCUGCUGGUGUUGAGCUCAAGAUUGCGUUAUCUCCGGAGGCCCGGAACGCGAUGUGGGUGUCUUUCGACGGCAGAAACCGACAGGCGUUACAACAUGGAGAUAGUCUGUACGUAACAACGUCCGUGUACCCGGUGCCGUCGAUAUGCGCGCAGGACCAGAUCUCAGACUGGUUCGACUCAUUAGCGGAGUGCCUGCACUGGAACGUGCGCAAGAAGCAGAAGCAAAUAGAUGAGAUGAGUGACCUCACCUCCAGCGACCCUAUGGAGGACCUCGACAAUAACCACAGCGACGACCGGCCGGCCGACACGUGACCGCUCGCGGGCUCCACUCUAGCAUAAGGCCUGUCUAAUAUGUAUAAAGCUUUUUGUAAAGCAGUUUUAAGGGGCAGGAGGGAUUGUUUUGCGCACCUCAUAUCAUUCAAUAUUAUGACUUCACCGGUCUUCAAGAAGUUUCUUGAAGACUAAGGAACACUGUUACUUCUAUUGUCAAGUGUUUACUUUAAUUUUACAAAGUGUCAAAGGGUCCUGUUAUAGCCCGUAAUAUGCUUUCUAAGCAAAUUGUUCGACAUGCAAAUUAGCUGUCUCGUUAAUAUUUCACUUAUCCAAUCUGUGAUCGUGCGAUGAUAUCUGCUAGUUUCAGUGUGAUUAUGAUUGAUACAAGCAAGUAAGAAAAAUCAUUGAUAUUUAUUGAAUGUAAUAAUAAUGCGAAAGAUUUUUGAGUCUCGAGAAUAUUCCACCCAUUAAACACGUGUGUUGCAAACAGAGAAAACUUAGAAUAAUUUUAUUGUGGCGGUGUGUAAAUGAUUCUCUAGUAUCCUACUUAUAGAUAUUGUUAAGUUUACACGCUAUUUACUUAUGUGAUACAUAUUUUGUUUCAAUUUGUUUUCAACAUUCCCUUGGACAAUAAAAAAUCUGUUAUGUCUCUUUUGGGUAUGUUUGAUUUAUGUUCUUGUUUCGAUGCAGGUUUUGCUUUACAUUAAUGAAGUAGUUGGUAAGGAUAUUACAACUUUCACUUCAUAAUGUAUUGACUUUCGACUGUUACAGUAAAUAUUACUUGUACUCAGGCUUGGGCGCGCUAGUUCAGUCGUCAUCUUGGUAUAAGUGAAACUAGGUCAAAUAGUCUUAAACACAUCGAUUUUAGUCGCCAUGACGCUUUUCAUAAUACGUUAUUCAUUGCCCACACUUAUGGUCGCAUUAAGUAUCGUAUCGGUUAGGAAUUGUGCGAUAAACACGUGUGUGCUAAGGCUUUAAAUGGUUAAGGUGCUACCUGAAAUUGAAUAGUGCCAAUUUAUAAGUAAGAAAAUUCACAGGUGUUCAUGGCGAGCACAAAGUGUUAAGUAGAUAUUAACAAGGGUUAUACACUCUGCUUUUGUAUGUGUGGUUUAAAGCAAAAUGUAAAUUUUAGAUUAUUGUUAUCCCUUUUUACAGCGAGUAUGUUAUCCUUUCAAAUCCUACACUUUUAAAAAACUAUAAAAUAAUAUAAAUUAGUUACAUCACAAACUACUAAAUCUAUAUCAUUGGUGUUGCUGAAAUGUGUGAAGUUCAUAAACUGACUGUUAAGAAAUUUAAACUUUUUGGAUUUGUUUCACGUGUAUAAUAAGAUAUAUCCUACUUACCUAUCAUAAUGUUCUAUUAUAAAUUAUACAAAUUUUGACUCAA